AUGAAUGGAAAUUUACCUCGGAACGGAUUACGAAAACUAUUUGGAAGUGUUGAACGAGUUGUUGGUCUAUCUUCGUCUUCGUCAAUAUUAGGAGUAAAAAAUACGCGAAUUAAUGGUGUUGGAAAUUUGGUCGCUUUUGGUGGUGUUGGUGUUGCAGGCUUAAAGAGUUUAGCUGGGUCACAGAGACGACAGUAUAGUACUCCUGCUGAGGAAAAGAUGACUGUACGAGAUGCUCUAAAUCAAGCAUUGGAAGAAGAAUUGAUUGCUGAUGAGCGAGUUUUUUUAUUGGGUGAAGAAGUUGGUCAAUAUAAUGGAGCCUAUAAGGUAUCAAAAGGUCUCUUGGAUAAAUUUGGUCCUAAACGUAUAAUCGAUACUCCUAUAACAGAAGCCGGGUUCGCAGGGCUGGCAGUUGGCGCUGCACUCGCUGGACUGAGGCCAAUCUGUGAAUUCAUGACGUUCAAUUUUGCAAUGCAAGCAAUUGAUCACAUCAUAAAUUCAGCAGCAAAGCUUCAUUAUAUGGCUGGUGGAACGGUGCAGUGUCCAAUAGUAUUUCGUGGGCCGAAUGGAUAUGCUGCUAGUGUGGGUGCUCAACAUUCACAAGAUUAUGCUUCUUGGUAUGGGUCUAUACCUGGACUAAAAGCUGCAAUACGUGAUCCGAAUCCAGUCGUUUUUCUUGAGAAUGAAUUACAAUACGGUGUCUCAUUUCCGAUCUCUGCUGAAGUCUUAUCAAAAGAUUUCCAGUUACCAAUUGGAAAAGCAAAAAUUAUUCGCGAAGGCAAGGACGUGACACUAGUUGCACAUUCGCGACCACUAAAUUUCUGCUUAGAAGCAGCAGAAAAGUUACAAGCAGAGGAUGGCAUAUCCGCAGAGAUAAUAAAUCUUCGUUCGAUUCGACCCCUUGAUGUUGAUACGAUAGUCGCCUCGGUAAAGAAAACUAAUCAUUUAGUAUCCGUUGAGAGUGGGUUCCCAUUUUUUGGUCUGGGAAGUGAGCUUAGUGCAUUGAUUAUGGAAUCGGAGGCAUUUGAUUAUUUGGAUGCGCCUGUGGAGCGAGUUACUGGUGCUGAUGUUCCAACCCCAUAUGCUUUUAAUUUGGAGGCUUUGGCAUUUCCUACAGUUGACACAAUACAGUGGGGAACAGAAGCUCAGCUUGGAAAUAGUCUACGUUGCUUGGAUACCACUACCUGGAAGAAGAUAAUUUUUCUGCUUGCUGUAGCUCUUAUGCAAAGCGUCGAUAAAAAAGGGUAUCCUUCCCUAGUUCAUGCUUUGAUGGAAGUUGCUUACUUUAAUUGGUAA